CCUCCCAUCCCAGCCCAAGCGAGGAGCGCCGGUCCCUCGGCGCCACCCCCGCCCGCGCCCCUCACCGAGCAAACUUUUGGCAUCGCUGCAGCCCGGGCGCGCCGCCGAGCUCCGCAGGGCGCGCCUCUCCGCCGAGCCUGGGAGCGCGGGGACCCGCCUGGCGCGCGGGGAGAAGCAGGCGCAGCCCCCGCCCCGCCGGCCCAGCCCUGCCCGAGAGGCAGUCACUCCGGAACCGGGACCAUAAAUAUGCAGAGCGGAGGCUCGGCGCAGCACAACCCGCGCGCCGCCCGCCCCGGCUGCUGAGCAGGCGCCGCCGGAGCCCGAGCCGCGGCCGGAGCCCCAGCCCCAGCCGGGAGCGCGUCCACGUCCCCGCAGCCGCCAGCCGCCAGCACCCAGGCCCCGCACGCCAGGACGUCGGAGCGACCGCGAGACAUGCAACCGGCCCGGAAGCUCCUCAGCCUCCUGGUCCUCCUGGUGAUGGGCACCGAACUCACCCAAGUGUUGCCCACCAACCCCGAGGAGAGCUGGCAGGUGUACAGCUCUGCCCAGGACAGUGAGGGCAGGUGUAUCUGCACGGUGGUCGCCCCCCAGCAGACCAUGUGUUCACGGGAUGCCCGCACAAAACAGCUGAGGCAGCUACUGGAGAAGGUGCAAAACAUGUCUCAAUCCAUAGAAGUCUUGGACAGGCGAACUCAGAGAGAUCUGCAGUACGUGGAGAAGAUGGAGAACCAAAUGAAAGGCCUGGAGUCCAAGUUCAAGCAGGUGGAGGAGAGCCAUAAGCAACAUCUGGCCAGGCAGUUCAAGGCAAUAAAAACGAAAAUGGAUGAACUUAGGCCUUUGAUUCCUGUGUUGGAAGAGUACAAGGCCGAUGCCAAAUUGGUAUUGCAGUUUAAGGAGGAGGUCCAGAAUCUGACGUCAGUGCUUAACGAGCUGCAAGAGGAAAUUGGCGCCUAUGACUACGAUGAACUUCAGAGCAGAGUGUCCAAUCUUGAAGAAAGGCUCCGUGCAUGCAUGCAAAAACUAGCCUGCGGGAAGCUGACGGGUAUAAGUGACCCGGUGACUGUCAAGACCUCUGGCUCAAGGUUCGGGUCCUGGAUGACAGACCCACUGGCCCCAGAAGGUGAUAACAGGGUUUGGUACAUGGAUGGUUAUCACAACAACCGCUUUGUCCGUGAGUACAAGUCCAUGGUGGACUUCAUGAACACAGACAAUUUUACCUCACACCGUCUCCCACACCCCUGGUCAGGCACGGGCCAGGUGGUCUACAAUGGUUCCAUCUAUUUCAACAAAUUCCAGAGUCACAUCAUCAUCAGGUUUGACCUGAAGACGGAGACGAUCCUGAAGACACGCAGCCUGGACUACGCUGGCUACAACAACAUGUACCACUAUGCCUGGGGUGGCCACUCAGACAUCGACCUCAUGGUAGACGAGAAUGGGCUCUGGGCUGUCUAUGCCACGAACCAGAAUGCCGGCAACAUUGUCAUCAGCAAGCUGGAUCCGGUCUCGCUGCAGAUCCUGCAGACAUGGAACACCAGCUACCCCAAGCGCAGCGCCGGCGAGGCCUUCAUCAUCUGCGGGACCCUCUACGUCACCAACGGCUACUCGGGGGGCACCAAGGUCCACUAUGCUUACCAGACCAAUGCCUCAACCUACGAGUACAUUGACAUCCCCUUCCAGAACAAAUAUUCCCACAUCUCCAUGCUGGACUACAACCCUAAGGACCGCGCCCUGUAUGCCUGGAACAACGGCCAUCAGACCCUCUACAAUGUAACCCUCUUCCACGUCAUCCGCUCUGAUGAGUUGUAGCUCCUGCUUUCCCAGAAGCCCAGGGUCCAAGUCCUCUCCCAGGGGACAUUUCCAUGAAAUAGCUGCCAAAAUGAUUCCAAGAAUACUAACAGCCCUGAUUUUGUGGAAUCAGCGUGAUUCUGACGCCGAGGGAUGGUGUCGCCUCUAUGUUCCUCCUACUCAUGCAGGUGGACCUCAGAUUUCCGAAGAAACCACCAUGUAUGCGGAUGGAACUGCAGCUCAAGGCUCCCUGGCUGUCCCCAUCCCUCCUCAGCCCUCUCUGGUCAACUAACUCAAAGAAGCAAGGCGAUGACUGUUGGCCCCUCUCACCCAAGAACAACCCACUGUUAGGAUUGCAUGGACAUUUUCUUAGGUCGUGAUCAGCGCGAUGAUGUGAUGGCCACUCCCCCCUCCCGGAGCCUCCCCGCCCCCAACCCCCCCCCCCCCCCCCGCGGCGCUCGGUGUAGGCUGCUUCAGCCCACAUGUAUCGCAGCUGCCUUUUUCUUGACUGUGUUGUUGUCUCUUAGAUUAACUGUGCUGAGACUCCCGGUAGCUCAUGGACCCGUGUCUAGUGCUUUCCCGAAGCGAUGGUGGGUGUUCGUAGAGUGAAGUUGCCGUACCCACGUUGUUGAACUUGCGUACCCUGUAGCUAGGUCGUGAGGUGUCCGUCUGUUAUCCCCCAAGGUGGUAACUCCGUGUGUUCAAUUUAUGCAAUGAAUGUUGUCAUGCGAUGCCGUAGUUUGGAUUGAUAAGUGGAUGGUUUCUGUUUCUAAAAAGAAAAAAAAAAAUCAGUGUUUGCCCUUAUAGGAGACAUAGUCAAGUUCAUAUUGAUAACAACCCAGUGGAAUUCUCUUCUUGUCAAGUUAUCCGAAUCUUGUGACCUUGGAUGGGAAGGACGCAUCUUGGGAAACAUCAGUUUCCAACAGGAAGGAACUCCCCAAGGAUAGCCAUGUGUGGAAAAGUCAUUUUUUAAGAAAAAAUAGGUAAAAGAGGGCAACUUUGUACUAUUCAGUUAUAUGAGGAACAAUAAAGUUAUUAGGAGACA